AUGGCUUCUUUCAUUCGUUGGUACAACGCCCGGCUGGCCGCUCGCCCGCUGCUCACUCAGAGCGUCACCACUGCGGUGCUCUUUGCUACUGGUGAUAUCACGGCUCAGCAGCUCGUCGAGAAGAAGGGCGUCGAGAAGCAUGACUUGGUUCGAACAGGCCGCAUGGCCCUGUACGGUGGCUUCGUCUUUGGCCCUGUUGCGACAACCUGGUUUGGUUUCCUCGCUCGCAAUGUCAACGCGCGCAACAAGAAGGUUGAAACUCUCGCCCGUGUGGCUUGCGAUCAGCUUCUCUUCGCACCCGUCAUGAUCGGCGUCUUCCUUGGCAGCAUGGCCACCAUGGAAGGCAACAGCCCCAAGCAACGAGUCGAGACCACCUGGUGGCCGGCGCUCAAGGCUAACUGGAUGCUCUGGCCUUUCGUCCAGGUCAUCAACUUCUCCUUCAUCCCCCUCCAGCACCGAGUCUUCUUUGCCAAUAUCGUGUCGAUCGGUUGGAACUCCUACCUGAGCUGGAUCAACAACCGGUAA